AUGGAGUACGUUGAGGGCAGGGGUAUGGACGAAUUAGAGAACGAGGAAAAAUUGGUCGUCNAAGAAGAGCUCGAAAUCUAUCUGCAGCAGAUUCAUGGACUCUGCUCAGGAAUUAUUGGAGGACCUUCGGGAAUCGUUGUUCCUCUCUACCGUGUCCAGCAGAAAACUGAUGUCGACAUCUGGAAUGUCAAGCCAACGGACAUCGAUGAGUACGUCUUUUGUCACAACGACCUUUCACAACAGAACGUCAUCGUUUGUCCCGAUUCUCCAAAGAUCCGUGCCAUCGUUGAUUGGGAUUAUGCCGGAUACUGGCCCGAGAAAUUCGACAAACCCUUCUACAAAAGGCUUGGACCAUCUGUCGCACUCGAGAAUAAGGAAGACGAUGCCGAAGAAAUUCUUCAUUUCUUGGAGAACAUCUCGGCGAGUGAGACUCUCUAG